AUGUCUGCGACAACUCCCCGCAAGGAUGCGCUCCUGUCCCGACGCUACAUCGAAGGCCAGAUAGCAGAAGGGAAACAUGUCAUCAUCUUCGACGAUCGUGUUCUAAAAGUCGACUCGUGGAUCCCAUUCCAUCCAGGGGGCGACAAGUCCAUCAAGCACAUGGUUGGGAAGGACGCGACAGACGAGAUCAAUGCGUUACAUUCGAAAGAAGCUCGCCAGCGAAUGUUGGCUUUCCAGAUCGGUCGAAUCCAGGGUCCUUGGUUGAACUUUCUCCCCCCAAUCCAGGGCGGAGACUUUCGUCCGUACGACGAGAAAGCUACUUGCAGCGAGGAAGACGACACCUCCGGGAGCUCCCAACCUCCGUCCCCCAUUUUCGAUGCUGUCGAUAUUGCUCCAGGAGCUCGCCGACGGUCUGUUUCCCCCGGAUCCUCCGUACCAACCCCGGCCAAUGAACCUUCUGAGCCCAAACCUUUCUUCCUUGACGCGCGGACACGGGAGGAGAUCGUAUUCGAUACCGCCAAGUAUCCUUCGCUCGACUCGACAACCCAGGAGGACAUCAAAAGGAGAUAUCGUGAAUUGAACACUCGGAUUGAAGCAGAGGGUCUCUACAACUGCAACUACUUCUCCUAUUUCAUCGAAGCCUGCCGAUACACGCUGUUUGCUGGACUGUCAUAUUUCUUUCUACAAUCGGGAUGGUACACAAUCUCGGCCAUUUUCCUAGGAUGCUUCUGGCACCAACUUGUCUUCACAGCGCACGAUGCAGGCCAUAUCGGCAUUACCCACCAUUACCAUGUGGAUAGCACAAUCGGGAUGAUCAUCGCCGACUUUCUCGGGGGACUGAGCCUAGGUUGGUGGAAACGAAGUCACAACGUGCAUCAUAUCGUCACAAACGAACCAGAGCAUGAUCCUGAUAUCGAGCACAUGCCCUUCUUUGCCAUCACGCACCGCUUUUUUGACAACCUCCGAAGCACCUACUACGACCGUGUCAUGUACUUUGACGCCUUUGCCAAGUUCAUGCUCCAAUAUCAAAAUUAUCUCUAUUACCCUAUCCUCCUAUUUGGCCGCUUCAACCUCUACCGCCUGAGCUGGGAAUACCUUAUCCUCGGGCAAGGACCAAGACGAGGACCCGCCUGGUGGCAUCGCUGGUUCGAGAUCGCCGGCCAGAUUUUCUUCUGGACAUGGUUCGGCUACGGCGUGCUUUACUGCUCAAUUCCAGGCUGGGGCAACCGAACAAUUUUCCUCCUAGUCUCACAUAUGGUGACGGCCCCCGUCCACGUGCAAAUUACCCUCUCCCAUUUUGCCAUGUCAACCGCGGAUCUGGGCGUUCACGAAUCAUUUCCCCAGAAGAUGCUUCGCACAACCAUGGAUGUCGACUGCCCGACGUGGCUCGACUUCUUCCACGGUGGCCUUCAAUUCCAGGCGAUUCACCACCUUUACCCACGGAUCCCGCGCCACAACCUGCGCCGCACCCAAAAACUGGUCUUGGAAUUCUGUCGCGACACAGGGAUACCGUACGCACUAUUCACCUUUACGGACGGGAACAAAGAGGUUAUCAGCAGGCUCGGUGAUGUUGCAAAGCAGCUUCGCAUCUUGGAGGAGUGUAGAAAGUCCUGUGCGGAAAAUGGGGUCUUUUCCGAUCAUCAUUAA